ACCACGCGGUGCUCUCCCCAGCAAGGCCAGGGCCGGGGAGGCCCCAAGCGCGGGCCGGCCCCCGCCGCAGCCUCGACCCCACGUUCCACGCAUGCCUGCUGUCGCUUUAAGCCGCCUGGCUGUCCCCUGCAAACUGCUCAUUCCACAUUCUCGGGGUGGUGGGGUGGGUGGGGUGCCGGCACGCCCUCCCGGGAGGCCUAUAAGGCACAGGGCCCAGGAGGGGGGCUGGGGCCUCGCCGCGUGCUGUCCUCAUGGCCCUGCUGCUCCUGGGGCUCCUGGGGCUCCUGGGGCUCUGGGGGCUGCUCCGCACCUGCGCCCGCACGCCCGGCCCGGCCCCCCGCUGGCCCCCGGGGCCGCGCCCGCUGCCGCUCAUCGGGAACCUGCAUUUGCUGCGUGUGUCUCAGCAGGACCAGUCGCUGAGGGAGCUCGCGGAACAGUACGGGCCCGUGUUCACUGUCCAUUUUGGGCGCCAGAAGAUGGUGGUGCUGACCGGCUACGAGGCGGUGAGGGAGGCCCUGGUGGGUACCAGGCAGGAGCUGGCCGGCCGGCCUCCCAUCGCCAUCUUCCAGCUCAUCCAGGGAGGCGGGGGCAUCUUCUUCUCCUCCGGGGCGCGCUGGAGGGCUGCCCGCCAGCUCACGGUGCGCACCCUCCACGGCCUGGGCGUGGGGCGGGCACCCGUGGCCAGCAAGGUGCUGCAGGAGCUGGAGUGCCUCACGGCGCAGCUGGACGGCUACGCAGGCCGGCCCUUCCCGCUGGCCGUGCUCGGCUGGGCUCCCUCCAACAUCACCUUCGCGCUGCUCUUCGGCCAGCGGUUCGACUACCGGGACCCCGUGUUCGUGACGCUGCUGGGCCUUGUUGACGAGGUCAUGGUCCUCUUGGGGACGCCCAGCCUGCAGCUCUUCAACAUCUACCCCUGGCUCGGGGCCCUCCUCCAGCUGCACCGGCCCGUCCUGCGGAAGAUCGAGGAGGUGCGGGCCAUCCUGAGGACCCUCCUGGAGGCACGGCGGCCCCACACGCCCGGCCAAGGGCCCGCACAGAGCUACCUGGAUGCCCUCAUCCAGCAGGGCCAGGGAAAAGACCCCGAGGGCCUGUUUGCCGAGGCCAACAUGGUGGCCUGUGCCCUGGACAUGGUCAUGGCCGGCACGGAGACCACGUCUGCCACGCUGCAGUGGGCCGCCCUCCUGAUGGGCAAGCACCCGCGCGUGCAGGGCCGGGUGCAGGAGGAGCUGGACCGCGUGCUGGGGCCUGGGCGGCCCCCCCGGCUGGAGGACCAGCGCUCCCUGCCCUACACCAACGCCGUGCUGCACGAGGUCCAGCGCUUCAUCACCCUCCUGCCCCACGUGCCACGCUGCACGGCCGCCGACACCCAGCUGCGCGGCUACCUGCUCCCCAAGGGCACGCCCGUGGUGCCCCUGCUGAGCUCCGUGCUCCUGGACGAGACGCAGUGGGAGACCCCCCGCCAGUUCAACCCGGGCCACUUCCUGGACGCCGACGGGCGCUUCGUGAAGCGGGCGGCCUUCCUGCCUUUCUCUGCAGGCCGCCGUGUCUGCGUGGGGGAGAGCCUGGCCAGGUCGGAGCUGUUCCUGCUGUUCGCGGGCCUCCUGCAGAGGUACCGCCUGCUGCCCCCGCCCGGCCUCUGCGCCGCCACCCUGGACACCACGCCCGCCCCAGCCUUUACCAUGCGGCCGCCGGCGCAGACCCUGCGCGCGGUGCCCAGGCUGCAGGGCGCUGACUGCAGGAGGCCUGGCCCGACUGCGGGACAAGCCCCAGGGCCGGGAGGGUCUGAGUCCCUCCUGGCGUGAGGUGCUCAGCAGGGGACGGCGGGCGGGCGGGCGGCCCCCAGCUGGGCUCUCUGCCUUGACCGCCGCGGGCUGUGUGCCCCGCCCCCUCCCUGAGAGCCCCGCCCAGGCCCCACCCCGCGCUCUCUCUUCCAGGCCCCGCACCACGGGGCAGAGCUGGGUUCCCUCCUCCCUGUCCCCAGACCCUGGGGCAUCACUGUUGCCUGUCUGCACCCGGCCCCCUGCCCCAGACCCUCCAGGGCACCCCCUCACGGGUGCAGCGCCCCCUCCCCACCCUCCCACAGGCCUCCCCACUGCCUCCUCUCCCACAGCCCCCCCACACCGUCCCCAUCUGGCUCCCCUGCCCAGGGGGACGGUGUGACCCAGGAGACCCAGGGCCAGUGCCACCAGGCAACACCUGCCAGGCAGGGGGGGGCCACCCGCCUGCAGUUGGGGUGCAGGGAGAUGGCAGGGGUUGCUGGGCCCCAGGGCAACACCCACCAGAGGCCAGCCUCAGGCCAGCAUUCCCAGCUUGCUCCGUGCCGUGCCAGGCCCUGGGCCCCUGGGGCCCCUGCAGACCCACCCCAUUCUCAGAGCUCCCUGAGCCCUGGGGCAGCCACAGAGAUGCCCUUCGCAGGAGACAGGCCAGCCACCUAGAGGGCAGCAGUGGGGCUUGGGCGGGAGUCUGCGGGGAGGCCACCUCCACGAGCCUUUUCUCUGGUCCAUUCUGACCCCCCACUCUUCUUCCACAUCUGCCCCCGGACCCUCCCCCUGAGCCGACUCUCUGGGUGAAGGUCACCUCUCCGAGGAUGAGAACACAGGGACCAGCAGGCAGUGGGCGGAGAGCCGGCCGGGGCCCCAGACAUGGCAGGAGGUUAGCGACAGUGGCGGAUUCUGAACAAAGAGCUGAGGUCACACCCAGGCCUUCACAGCGCCUCCCCAGUGAGCUGGACGCUGGAGCUCGGAGCGUGCCUGCGGGACUGGAGGGAGGCACAGGGCUGGGGGCAGGCGGGAGAAGCCCCUGUUCCCAGCCGGGGGCCGGGGGGCCUUCCUGGAGGAGGGUGGACACCAGGGAGCAUCAAAUGAGCACACGUUAAAACGUCUGACCACACUACGAGUCGGUGACCACGCCACGCGUUGGUGACCACGUGGGGAGGCUGUCCCGGGGCGUGCACUGGUGGGCAGGAUGGGGUGGGGCGGGCAUGGCCCAGGGCUUCCAGUGCAAAGCACCCGUAACAAGGAGCCCGGCGCUCCAGAGGGCAAGCGGGUGACCUAGGACACACCAGUCAGCACACAGUCUCGGGGCGGGAGGUGGGGCCUGGGCAGGGCUGUGGCCACGGAUGCUCCGGGCUGCGCUGACGUCACGCUGGGCCCUGGAGGUGGAGGGGCUGCGGGCAGGGCAGCAGGGGCUUGCUGUGUCCUUCUCUUCUUGUGGGUUUGGAACACCUGGCAUUGAACACGGGGCGGAAGGAGCCUGCCUCGCCCGGGCACAGCUGCAGCACCGAGCACCAUCCUGCAGGGCGGGGCAGGCAAAAUGCUCCGGAGGCCACGGAGCCGCCCCCCAACCCCAAGCUGCUGUGGGAAGAGACUCGGCGUCCUGGCAGUGGGCCCUGGUGGGAGGAGGCGGGUACGGCUAUAAGGAGGGAAAAUGCGGGCACCGCACAGCCCCUGCUCCGGGCCGGGGACCCAGCCCAGGAACCGCAGCCACGGGGCCUCCCAGGGUGUCCUGCUCGGCCCAGGCGCUGGCCCCAGAAACUAAGGCGCUUACUUUCUAACGUAUAAGAACAGGCAUCAAAUGAACCACUUCCAAAGGUGACGGUUUUCUCAGAAGAACCCAAUGGGCUGCUUGACGUUUUAGGGCAGUUAUUUUAAUUUGCCAAGCACAAAUUUAAAAAGCCACCCUGCUGGAUCGGAGGGGUAGAUCCUGGCAAAAAAAAAAGUAUAAAAAAUGUGCUGUUCUGGGAAGCCCGGCCCCACAGGUGGAGUUGGUGGCUUGAAUGCGGCCAAGGGGGCGGGGGCGCUGGGGGGCAGAGGCCCCAAACACGUCUGGGAAUGACGGCGGCCCCAGGGGUGUCCUCACAGGUGAAGGGAGUCAGGGAACCCUGUUUCUCGGCUGAGGCUCCAGUGGAGACGGGUCUUGGCUGGGGGGACGUGCCUGGGGCGUCCGACGGCAGCUCCACCCCAUGACCUCCGCUCUGUGACCUCCACGCUCCGUGGCCCGUCUUGCGGGCCUGGGCUUCCCGCCAGCACCCAGGCAUCCUGCCACCGCAACUUGGUGCCCUCAGGUGGCUGGCUGCCUGUCACCUGCCCCAGUCGCACCUCUGCCCCCCAUGCCCGUGGGUGGUCACCCUGUGUCCCGAUGCAGCUCUCAGGUGGGCUGAGCAGAGGGCUGGUGUGAGCGAGACCCUCACCCACCCCGGUCCAGGGCUCGGACCCCACCGUCUCUCGGCCCCGGAGAGCCGAGCCCACCUAACCUCUGGGCACACCGAUCCCCUUCCCCUGACACAAAAUCAAUACGUUCUGCCAAGUUUGACGUCUGUCGUCUGACCCAUGAAACCACCCCUGGACCCGCCUGCCAGACUCACACAGUCUGAAAGCUUCUUCUUCAGUGAGGCACGCGGGGUGAGGAACCGGGACGGCAAACAUCUGCCUGGCCCCCCCGGCCCUGGGGCUGCCCUACCCCAACCAAGAGGCAGAGGCCCCCGCCACGUGCUCAGACCGACCCCAGAUGGCAGCUGAUGGGCCAGUCAUCUCUUU